AUGCACAUUUUUUGGACGUUUGUCGUUAUAUAUUGCAUAAUAUUUGGCAAACAUUUGUGUGCCGACUGUCCUAAAGAUGAGAUCAUUAAGCCGUGCUAUUGUACUGUCGAUCGCUUUUUCCGGACCACCAAAAUCACGUGCGAACAGAAAAAUGUUGACAUAAAAGCUAUUUUUAAGACAUUGAGCGCAGAGAUUAAAGGAAGUGAUAAACUUUAUGAUGAGUUUCAUAUGAGAGGCACCGGUAUUAGUGAAUUGGUUGACGGUAUGCUAUCUGAUGUUAAGUUUAAAAAGAUAACAAUCGAAAGUGAACCCCAAUUGACUAAAUUUAAUGUUAACGCCUUGAGUUUGUCGGCACAGUUGGUGGUCGACUCACUCAGUAUUUUGGAUACACCCGUUCAAAGCCAGUCGAGUCCCGAUGUCUUCAAGUUUAUCAAUACUCUAACAAAUCUGGGAUUUCUGUCAUUUCGUAACACAAAACUAACUGCUAUUCCAAACAAUGCUUUUUACGGAUUAUCAAAGCUUACAAACAUAGCCCUACAAAAUGGUGUCCUAACACGUGUUGAGACCAACUCCUUCUCUAACUUAAGUUCUCUACAAGAGUUGGAUCUGAGUUCAAACAAAAUCACGUAUAUAUCAGAUCAAGCAUUUGAUUUGGGAAACAAUAAUACAUCAAAUGCUAUGCGUUUGGCACUCAAUAGCAACGGUGUGACUGACAAACAACUGUAUGAUUUAGUUAAGGGUAUACUAAACAUUAAACGCGCCGUUAAUUUAGAUAUCGAUGACAACAAUAUUUCAAUAUUAAAUCAGAAAGUAUUUGAACCGUUUCUUAAACUCCGCAAAACUAAUACUAUAACAGUGUCGACACUUUCGUGUCAAGACUGCUAUAACUAUUGGUUGCCAAAGGAUUUUAAGUCAUCAGACAUUCAGAGUAUUCAUUGUAUUAAUGCCGACGACUUAUUGGAUAAAAAUAUAAAAUAA